CACCACCACGCCCUCGACGCGUCGCCCCUCUCGACCUCCCACUCCUCGAUCCAAUCCUCGCCGUCCAUCCUUCCCUGCGUCCAAUCCCCACCCUCCAUUCGACCUCCUUCUUAACUUUCAGCGCCGCCCACCGUUCCACAUCGAACCUCCGCCAUGAGACCACCACCACCCCACCUCCUCCUCCUCCUCCCCCGCCGCCGCCGCCACGCCUCCUCCUCCUCCGCCGCCGCCGCCGCCGCCGGAGAGCUCGUCGGCGCCCUCUCCGCCUUGCCCUCCCCCGACUCGGCGCGACACCUCGACGCCCUCCUCCGUCGCAUCGGCGGCGGUGGCCUCGCCGCCGUCCUCUCGUCCCUGCCCUCCCCUCUCCCCGCGGCCUCCGCCCUCCGCCUCCUCCUCCACCUCCUCUCCAGGACCUCCUCCACCUCCUCCCGCUCCGAGGAUGACCUCCUCACCCCGCGCGUCUCGGCGCUCCUCCUGCCCUCCCUCAUCGCCGAUCGCACCGCCAUCCGGACGGCGCGCCGCCUCCUCUCACGACUCCUCCACGUCCACCCGCUCCGCACCGCCGCGGAGGCGGUCGCCGACGCCGCCUCCACCCCCUCCUCGGACUUCCUCAUCCACACCUUCAUCACCUCCCCGGCCCAAGGCUCCCUCUGCAGGGCCGCCGACGCGUUCCGCGUUCUCUCCUCGCGCGGCGCGCCGCCCUCCAUCAAGACCUGCAAUGCGUUCCUCGAAGCCCUUGUUCGUGCAGGUCAGCUCGAUGCCGCCCGCGAGGUGUUCGACGAAAUGCGUGAAAGCAGGAACGUCGCUCUGAAUGAGUACUCGUAUACCGCCAUGAUCAAGGCGCUCUGCAAGGCUGGAAAGGUGGAUGCUGGUUUUGAGAUGCUUGCAGAGUUAUGGCGGGCUGGGCUUCAGCCAACGGUUGUGACGUACAAUGUGCUUAUGGAUGCACUGUGUAAGAGUGGGAGGGUGGAGGAGGCCUUUCGAUUGAAAGGGAGGAUGGAACAGGGAGGGAUGACACCAAGCGUGGUCACAUUCGGUAUAUUGAUCAAUGGUCUUGCAAGGGGCGAGCGGUUUGGGGAGGUUGGCAUUGUAUUGCAGGAGAUGGAACAGUUAGGGGUUUCCCCCAAUGAGGUUAUUUACAAUGAGCUUAUUGGUUGGCAUUGUAGGAAGGGCCAUUGCUCACAGGCACUCAGGUUGUUUGAUGAAAUGGUUUUAAAGAAGAUGAAGCCAACAGCCGUGACUUAUAACUUGAUUGCAAAGGCACUGUGCAAGGAAGGGGAGAUGGAGCGGGCUGAGAGGAUAUUGGAGGAUAUGUUGUCAAUUGGAAUGACAGUUCAUUGUGGUUUGUUCAAUACAGUGGUUGCAUGGCUUCUUCAAAGAACCAGAAGAUUGGAGUCAGUGGUAAGCAUUACAAAUGAAAUGGUUACACGAGGUAUGCGCCCAAAUGAUCCUCUGAUGACAGCUUGUAUGAGGGAGCUUUGCAAGGGAGGGAAACAUCAAGAAGCAGUUGGGAUUUGGUUCAAGACAUUGAACAAAGGUUUAGGUGUUAAUCUUGCAACUUCCAAUGCGCUAAUUCAUGGUCUUUGUGAAGGUAAGUACAUGAAAGAAGCUACAAAGGUUAUACAGACCAUGUUAAAUAAGGGAAUUGAAUUGGAUAGCAUCACAUAUAACAUUAUGAUUCGAGGUUGCUGCAAAGACAGUAAAAUGGAGGAAGCUAUUAAACUCCAUGGCGACAUGACCAGAAGAGGGUUUAAGCCUGAUCUUUUCACAUUUAAUACUUUAUUGCAUGCUUAUUGCAAUUUGGGUAAAAUGGAGGAAACCUUUCAUCUGUUGGAUCAGAUGAAAACUGAGGGCCUUCAGCCUGAUAUAGUGUCAUAUGGCACUAUAAUAGAUGGUCAUUGUAAAGCAAAGGAUAUUCGUAAAGCAAAAGAAUAUUUGACUGAAUUGAUGGAUCGUGGACUUAAACCUAAUGUGUUCAUUUAUAAUGCACUUAUUGGUGGUUAUGGUAGGAAUGGUGACAUCUCUGGUGCAAUUGAUGCUGUUGAGACUAUGAAGUCUAAUGGCAUACAACCAACUAAUGUGACUUAUGGUAGUCUUAUGUACUGGAUGUGUCAUGCUGGUCUAGUUGAAGAGGCCAAGACCAUUUUUUCACAAGCCAGGGAAAACAAUGUUGACCUGGGAGUAAUUGGUUACACAAUUAUGAUUCAAGGUUACUGCAAACUAGGAAAAAUGGUUGAAGCUGUUGCAUACUUUGAGGAGAUGCGUUCCAGGGGUAUAUCUCCAAAUAAGCUUACUUACACUACUCUUAUGUAUGCUUACUCUAAAUCUGGUAACAGUGAAGAAGCUUCCAAGCUUUUCGAUGAGAUGGUGGGCUCAGGUGUUAUUCCUGACAAUAUUACUUAUGGUACACUAAUUGCAAGGUGUUCUGAGGUAAAUUCAUUGGAUAAGGAUAUAGGACAUACUGCUGAAUUGUCCUCAGGCGCUUUAACAAAAGAUGAUCGUAUGUAUAACAUAUUAUCUAAUGGAAUUAAUGCUCCUUGGUGCCAGAAAGAAGCUGCUUCCAGUGUUGAAUGAUGUGUGGUCAAGGAACCUUAGGGCACACCUUCUUUGUUCUGACAAGAACCGUCCAAGAAUGAACAGGGAGUAGGGAGAACAUGUGGCCACUGAUUCUGCCUUUGAUCUUAUGAAUUUUACAUCUCCUAACAGUUCCCUCCAAUUCAUUUGGUCAUGGUCAAUCUUUGGGAGCUAUCCAGCAACAGCAGAGGUUGUUCUGAACAUUUCUGCUCAAGUUUACAUGAUCAUCCACCUACUGUCUUGGGUGGGGUAUCCAACAGCAGCAACAGAUUGCCCUGAAUGUUUAUAAUUGCACUCAGUUGAUCCUGAAAAUAUUGGAACAAAAUAAUCAUUUUGUCACGCUGGACAUUCUUUUGUUUUUGUUUUUGAGAAAGGGGGAAAAACAACCCAAUAUGGACAAGAACUGCACUGUGACCUAUCAAAGCUCUUAUCUGCGGACUGGAUAAUGGAUACACAGGUUCACUUUGGUCAUCAACUAAAGCACCUUGAGAGCCAAUGUAUGGAUGAUAAUGCAAGAUGGUUGUUGAACCAUAAUACCAGCUGCAAAUUUCAAAAGGAUUGCCAGCAUACUAUGGCGGCGCAAUGUGUGGUGGGAAACCUCACAAUGCUGGUUAUUCUGCAUCCUGCCACCUGCUGGCAUAACAGCCAUCAGGAGUUUAGUACCUGGUGACUAGACAGCCUGUCAACAUGGCCACAUGGGCGUUUGCACCAUGACCCCAGGUCAUGUGGAAUCACCUGUUUUUAUUUACAUAUGUUUAAGAGGACAGGAAGUGAGGAAACUUACAGAUUUACUGUUGCUUGGGUUUAUUUAUGGCAUCAUAUAAAUAUUUAGGCUAUUUCUAUGAAAAUACAAUGUCCUUAAAUACUGGUAUAUAAGUUUAGAACAAUCUCUCUCUGAUCUUUAUUGGUAAUUGCGUUCUUUCUUAUCUUUUUUUGUUUAUGCAGUUCUCUGAAUACUGAAUUUUGUCAGGUUAUUUGCGUCGUAUCAUCCUCUCAGAGAUUUGCCAUUUUACAAGCUCUCCACAAAGAACACCAUAUUCUCCUCAAUUUUCUGAAGAUUGAAAUUUUGGGGGGAAACAUCAACGUUGAUUGGGAUGGUGUUGAGUGUGAUCAAUUGCAAGAUGGUGGGCAUUGUUACCAUGGGGUUUUCAUGCCAUUGGGUUGAUGGAGAUGUUGAUGCCCCCAGCAGGCACAAGGCAGGCCUUGUCUUUCUGAUGCAACUGAACCUACUCCACUAAUUCGCUGUGGACAUUGACAUGGAUUAAGAUAUGGCAUAGCUGAUCCUAAAAUCAAUUAGGCAAGAAGGCUGUCAGAAAAUGGGAAAGGAUGACAUCAUGGCAGCCAGGUUGUAAAUCAACUAAUGUGCACAUGCAGUUUCUGUUCAACUAGUAUUAUACUGACGUGCUGUUUUGAUUUGGGGAAAGAAAGAUGGAGCAAAUAGUUUUCAUGUUUUGAGUACUGUGUUGAGAUCCUGUAAGCAAUAUUACAUGUUAGAUGUCUUCAACAGGCGCUGAAGUUGAUUGUGGCAUAUGGCCAUACCUUUUACUACCUGUACAAUUCAGGGGUUGUAUUUGUACAGUGCUGAUUUAUAGUCUAUAUGCAGAAGUAUAAAUAAUGUAGUAGUAUGACAAAUUUUGGAUCUUUAUGAAUGUGUUGGUUUUGCUACCAAAAUUUUGACAA